CGUAGGAAAAGGCAGUUCAUCGCCGGCAAAUUCGGCGUCCCCUGGCACCGGCACGGCGACCAACAAGUCGCAAACCGAGCCGAAACCGGUCGAAUGCAAUCUGUGCCAUCGGAAAUUCAAAAACAUACCGGCCCUCAAUGGCCACAUGCGUCUUCAUGGUGGUUACUUCAAGAAGGACGCCGAGAACAAGAAAAGCGAGAAGAAAGAGGUGGUCGGUCCGCCGUUGCAGACCGCAUCAGUCAGCGUGAGAGCACUCAUCGAGGAGAAGAUUAUACAGAAAAGGACCACUGCAGCGGACACGAACACGAAUCAACAGCCGCGCACAACCACGACUGUUUUCACCACGCAACCCGACAGCGCGUCGCAGGUCGCCGGUAAAACCAGCUUCGCGGUACCAGCGCCGCCGCCAUUGGCCUCUGCGGAGAAGGUCCGCAGACUAUCCGAUGGCGAACACUUCCGGCAGCCGAACGUCACCGUCGGCGGUCAUGCGACCGUGCAGAAACAACUGCAGGAAGCACAGACCCAGGCACAGGCGCAGGCGCUGGCCGACAUGAUCUUGAAGGGCACCACCAAAAUGGCUGUGAAGAGAGCAACGUCCGAUCCCGGACAGAGAUUACACUUAACGUACCAGACAUCAGUUCAACCAACGACCAAUCAACAACAGCAACAGCAACAAAACAGUCAGCCGCAAUCUCAGCCAACAGUCACAGACAAUUUCUCCAUGACAGGCUACUCCGAAGACGGCGGUUACUUCAGCCCUAGUCUUCAAGAUGAAGUGUUCCAGCAGGUCACAGCGGUUCCUGAUAGUGUUCUGCUUCAUGCUCCUCAGUUGGAUUCUCUUCAGUUUCAGACGGCGAGCCUGCUCCAAGAACAGCCCACCGAGCAGCUACAGGACAUAACUCUCGAGGAUCGAUACUCCUCCCAGCACACGGUCAACCCUGACCUUCAGGCUCUAGUGAACUCACCGUUACCCGACUCAUUAGCCGAAUUCAGUACAUACGGUGCCCAAUACACAGAAAGUCCUCACACUCUGCCUACCCAGUCCCCAUUACCAUCACCAUUAACCAGACACGACAGUCCAAGUUUCACAUAUCCAACACCGCCAGCAAGCCAAGAGGGUCUUCUGACCGGAAGUCUGCCUCUGCUUAGCCCGCAAGAGGACCCGGAAAGCGUGAGACAAGUCUCGUCUCCCCUGUCCGCGGCAUUCUACACGUCGACAAUGUCCUCUGCGGCGGCGGUCGAGGAGGCACUCAGCGAAGUAUUGCCAGGCGAAUCGGACGCGGACGCGGAUCUCUACGGAUCCGGUUCGCCGAACCCACACUCGCCACUGCCAAGCCCUUUAUCGGCAACACCGGCACCGUCGCCGUUGUCCUCCUUGCCGCCGUCCUCCGUAUCUUCGCCAGGACCAGUCUCCUACACCGGCACGAGUUUCCCCGUGUCGCCUCAUCACGCGCUCCAGAGCCAGAUGAUGCCGAACUCGGAAGACCCGUUGCUCUCGUCGACCCCAAAGGACUUCACCACGGCCAACCGCAGAAGAUUCGAGUUCCAGUCGUACAAGUUCAUCACCAGCCAGAACCUGGUGGAUUUCGGUCUCGGAAACGGCAGCCUGGCCGGCAUCGUCGUCGACAAUAACGGCGAGUUCAAGCUGAUCCAAACAGCGAGCCUCCAAAAGACGAACGUGCUCGUUCAAGCCGGCUCUCUGAGCCCCGCGUUAACCUUCAAGAAGGAGAUGCGACUAGCAACACCGAAGGUCGAACCUGUCACCGUGAACCUCGGCCUAAACGUGCAGACGAAUCAUCAGUACAACGUCGGACAGUUCAACCAACAACAAGUCGUCAAUCCCACGAAGUUUCUUAUACAAACGAACACGGCCAAGCAUAAUAACAUGAGACACAAAACGCACGGUUGCCUACCGAUCCCGAUCGAACAGAUCAAGGAGGAGCUGUUGGACGACGAUGUAUUUCUUAAUCCCAGCAGCAUACCAGCCGGCAGUCCUGUUCGGCAUUGUAGAAAAAGGCCACGCAUGGACGGCGGCCUGUAUGCCAGCUCCUCCCAUUCGUAUCCGUCGAGGCUGAGGAAGGCCUGCGAUCGACACUGGGACAGCAGCUACACGCCGCCGCCUAUAUUGGACCCGUCUCGUCCUGGCCCAGGAUUGUACGCCAGGCUCCAUCAAUUCGAGAGAGAUUCCGACUUCAGUUCGGAUGAUUCUCAGGGGAACGAUGGACCACCGCCUAGGAUUAAUAUCGGGACGAGGUAUCAGGCAACGAUACCACCGGUGGGCAGCGACGGGGACAGAGGAAAAGGAGAACCCGAGGCUGAUCACUUGCUCUGGGAUCCUGGUAUAAAUAACGUGCUGACCGAUAACGAACUUGAGAUGUAUUUGCAAUUUGCGUGCUGCGCAGCGGUACCAGGUGGAGGAAGAAACAAAGAGUACGCACUUCAUCUGUUGCAUAUGUGUAGAGGAAACAUUCGUGAAGCGAUGUUGAAGCUGAUGAGACCAACGCCGAUAUUGCCAGUCGAACAUCCGUUGCUGAGUUACGAGUGCCAGGAGUCGGGCCGGUGGACGUCGCAGGAGAUGGACGUGUUUUAUCAAGGCCUCCUCAAGUACAACAAGGACUUCUCCGCGAUCUCGCGGGACAUUGGUGGCAAGUCCGCGAAACAGUGCGUGCAAUUCUAUUAUCUGUGGAAGAGGCUUUGCCCGAACGAGUACAAGAGACUGCGUGUCCGCUAUGGAAAACCAAAGAUUAAGACAGAGAGCAAAGAUUGCAAGGACACGAGGGAGCUUCGCGACGCCAUAGCGUCCGUCACGGAGAUGGACUUCGGUGAAGACAAAUCGAUUCUCCAUCGUACUCUGUUACAAAUAAACGAGAGAGAAAACUCGGCUACUCUGACCACCAGCGACGGAGAGCUGAGAUUAUUCGCAUACGACUGCCCUGAUAGCUUUAGCGGAAGUGUAACAGUAACGAUGGCCGGGAGCACCCAAACCGCCCAAACCGGCAAUACCGGCCACGCCACAGUCAACACCAACUCACAAACUCACACUAGCUCUGAGCAACAACCACCCGUGCCCACCCCACUUCAUUACCCCUGCAAGAUUUGCGGGAAAGUUUUCAACAAAGUGAAAAGCAGAAGCGCCCACAUGAAAUCUCACAGGCCAGUGCCAUCUCCCGAUUCAACGGGUCAGGAAUCUAAGCGGCCGGUGCAGCAGCAGCAAACGAGGUCGCAGCAGUCGCAACAGCAGUCCAGCCACCAGCAGCAGCAACAGCGCCAACAACAGCAGUUGCAACUACAGCAGUCACAGCAGCAGCAGCAGCAAACGUUAAGCAGCGUUUCACCGCAGACACCAGACUUCAGCAAUCAGCAGCCACUGCCUCCCAGCAACGGCGAGGCCGGGGCUCAGAGCACGGCGCAUUUAUGGCACAACCCGACGCGGCUCAGGCCACCAUAG